AUGGAGGCGUCGGCCGCUGCAGCUCUCACGACAGAAGUAAUAACUGAACAGCGCCAAAAUGACAAGGAGGAUCUCGUUCUGAGACUGCGAUCAACUCCUGUGGACGAUGGGCCUCGAGUCACUUGGGCACCUGAUGUGAUAGAUAACGAGCAUCUUGGUCGACUGAAAUCAAAUUGUUGUUGCAUAUAUACCAGACCACGAGUUUGGGAUGACCCAAGCACGUGGGAGCAGGACGAAGCCGAAACGGAACAUUGUCGUGGGCAUACUCUUCCACCUCCAAGAAAACCGGACGGAAACGCUUCAAAUCCGGAAUGCUUCAGUGAGAGAAGUGAUGAAGAUUGA